AUGGCAGUGGCGGCAGAGAUGAUCUCAGGGAAGUGGUUAAAGAUUUGGGUCGAAAUCGGAGCUGUGUUAUCAGCUAUAGGUUUAUUCGAAGCUCAGUUAAGCAGUUGUUCUUAUCAAGUUCUGGGCAUGGCGGAUUUAGGUUUUUUACCAAAGUUUUUCGGCGCUCGAUCAAAAUGGUUCGGCACUCCAUGGGUUGGAAUCUUGUUAUCAACUGCGAUCACAAUCGCCGUUUCUCCAAUGGAUUUCACUGAUAUAGUAGCUUCUGCAAACUUCAUCUAUAGUCUAGGGAUGUUGUUGGAGUUUGCAUCGUUUAUAUGGUUAAGAAGAAAGUUUCCGGCGCUGAAACGGCCGUACAAGGUGCCGCUAGGGGUGCCGGGACUGGUGGUGAUGUGCCUUGUUCCGUCUGCAUUCUUGAUCGUGAUCAUGGUUAUUGCUACCAAGAUUGUGUAUUUGGUUAGUGGGUUAAUGACUGUAGGUGCUAUUUUCUGGUAUUUUUUUAUGAACUAUUGUAAGUCAAAGAAGUGGUUUGCAUUUGCAAAUGGCGAUGAAAUUGAAGGUGAGGAAGAAGUGUCGGCAUCUUGA